UCUCCUACCGAACUCUCAGCCUCUCACACAACUACAACGCCGCAAAAGAGCAUCAAUCAAAAUCCAGCAGAUCAUCAAGAGGAGCAGCAAAUCCAUCUCCAUGGGAGCAGGGAUGAAGCGCGCGAGGGAGGAGGAGCCAACCGUCUCGCUGGCGCUGUCCCUCAGCACAGACUCCUCGGCGUCGGACGACUCGGGCACCGGUGCGCCUAGGCCGGCGGCGCCCGGGAAGAGGACAAGGCGGAGGAGAGUAGUGGCGACGUCAGGGGAAGGGGACUUCGUCUGCAAGACUUGCGGCCGGGCCUUCGAGACGUUCCAGGCGCUGGGCGGCCACCGGACCAGCCACCUCCGCGGCCGCCACGGGCUGGAGCUCGGCGUCGGCGUUGCCAGGGCCAUCAAGGAGCGGCAAAGGCGCGAGGACAGGCAGCAGCACGACUGCCACAUCUGCGGGCUGGGCUUCGAGACGGGCCAGGCGCUCGGCGGCCACAUGCGUCGGCACCGCGAGGAGAUGGCGCUCGACCGGUGGGUCGCGCUGUCGGAUCAGGAGGCGGGGCACCAGGCCGCCGCCGACCGGCUGCCUGUCUUGCUCGAGCUGUUCGUCUAGUUGGCUAGGUGGAUAUCUCUGUUUCUUACUACAGUAUAAUCCAGGACUUGUACAUGUCUUUUGAAUCAGGUAGGUUACGAUAGAAUAUGUUAUUGCUGGUUAGCAUUUCCGCUCGUGGGAUUUUGCUCGGAAUCGGUUCGUUUUCUUAACCGAUCGACUGGGGAUUUAGAUACACUUUGUGCUUACAUUAGACAAAAAAUUGUUUUGUUCUAUAUGCAAUUGACAGAUUCUUGCACUCAGAUAAUUUUUCUAUGAAUAUGUUGUUGUUCA